UGUUGGAGGUCCUCGCCUCGGGCGCGCAGGUGUCUUCAUAAGAUGCCGGCGCGGCGGCGGCGCCCGGCUUUUUCCCCCCCAAGAUGGCGUCCAUGCGGGAGAGCGACACGGGCCUGUGGCUGCAUAACAAGCUGGGGGCCACGGACGAGCUGUGGGCGCCGCCCAGCAUCGCAUCCCUGCUCACGGCCGCGGUCAUCGACAAUAUCCGCCUCUGCUUCCACGGCCUCUCGUCGGCCGUGAAGCUCAAGCUGCUGCUCGGGACGCUGCACCUCCCGCGCCGCACGGUGGACGAGAUGAAAGGCGCCUUGACGGAGAUCAUCCAGCUGGCCGCCCUGGACUCGGACCCCUGGGUGCUCAUGGUGGCUGACAUCCUGAAGUCCUUCCCAGACACCGGUUCACUGAACCUCGAUCUUGAGGAGCAGAACCCCAACGUGCAAGACAUUUUAGGAGAACUUCGAGAAAAGGCGACCGAGUGCGAGGCGUCCGCCAUGCUGCCGCUGGAGUGCCGGUACUUGAAUAAAAGCGCCCUGACGACCCUCGCGGGUCCCCUCACCCCUCCCGUGAAACACUUCCAGCUGAAGAGGAAGCCAAAGAGCGCCACGCUGAGGGCCGAGCUGCUGCAGAAAUCCACCGAGACGGCCCAGCAGCUGAAGAGGAGCGCAGGGGUGCCCUUCCACGCCAAGGGCCGGGGGCUGCUCCGCAAGAUGGACACCACAACUCCCCUCAAAGGCAUCCCGAAGCAGGCGCCCUUCCGGAGCCCCACCACCCCCAGCGUCUUCAGCCCUGCUGGGAACCGGACCCCCAUCCCGCCUUCAAGGACGCCUCUGCGGAAGGAGAGAGGAGUGAAGCUGCUCGACAUUUCUGAGCUGGAUACGGUUGGCGCUGGCCGGGAGGCCAAGAGAAGAAGGAAGACAGUGGACACGGAAGUGGUGGAGAAGCCGGCCCGGGAGGAGACCGUUGUGGAGAACACCACCCCCGACUACGCGGCAGGCCUGGUGUCCACACAGAAACUUGGGUCUCUGAACAGCGAGCCUGCACUGCCCUCCACGAGUUACCUGCCUGCCACACCCAGCGUGGUCCCGGCCUCCUCCUACAUCCCCAGCUCUGAGACCCCACCAGCCUCGUCUUCCCGGGAAGCCAGCCUGCAGGCCAGCCGGCCACCCGAGGAGCCCAGCACCCCGAGCCCCGCCCUGCCACCGUUCAAGCAGAGGGCGCCCAUGUACAACAGCGGCCUGAGCCCAGCCACGCCCACGCCCGCAGCGCCCGCCUCACCCCUGACGCCCACCACACCCCCGGCUGUCACACCCGCUACCCAGGCACCUCCAGUGGCCAUGGUGGCCCCACAGACCCAGCCACCUGCCCAGCAGCAGCCCAAGAAGAAUCUGUCCCUCACGAGGGAGCAGAUGUUCGCCGCGCAGGAAAUGUUCAAGACCGCCAACAAAGUGACGCGGCCCGAGAAGGCCCUCAUUCUGGGCUUCAUGGCUGGCUCCCGAGAGAACCCCUGCCCGGAGCAGGGCGCGGUGGUGCAGAUCAAGCUCAGCGAGCACACGGAGGACCUGCCCAAGGCCGACGGCCAGGGCAGCACCGCCAUGCUGGUGGACACAGUCUUCGAGAUGAACUACACCACGGGCCAGUGGACGCGCUUCAAGAAGUACAAGCCCAUGGCCAACGUGUCCUAGGGCCGCCCGCCUGCAGAUGCGCUUCUCUGGGGUGUUUGGACUUGUUUUUUAAAUUUUAAUAUGGCUUACUUUUUGUGUGAUCUAAGACACUUUUUUGGAUUCAAUAUUACAUUUUUGAAUGUUAAAGUUACAACUUCCUAAUCUUAGUGACAGCCCUGCCUGUUAGAUUUUCACCUUUUUUUUUCUUAAAUUCCACUGACCAUGAGGUUGAGAGGACCAAAGGUGGCACCGGGAACAGGGGCAGGCCCCAGGGCCUGUGUCCAUGGGAAAACUACCCGAGCCAUUCAAGGUUAGCUUCUCUACGGGACGCCCCGGGCUGUGUCGGGCCAGUGUCCUCUCUGUGGUGGGGGCCAUCGACGGCUCUUGGGUGAAGGUGGGACGUGUCUGCAGCCCCUCCCCUCCUGACCACAUCACCUUUAAUGGGGGUUU